AUGGAUCUGAAUUUCGAAUACAUUGCUGCUUAUAUCAGCGAUUAUAUUAAUAAUGAAAACUUCUUCGAUACAUUUGAUAUGAGGGAUAUCAAAAUAAUCAUGAAAAAUUCACAUUUGACAGCUGAUCAGUACGUUACUCUUCUUAAACAAUCUUCAUCAACUCUCAAUUCCAAAGAAUUAUAUAUCUGUACAAGGAAGGCAAACGUUCGUGUCCAAAAUCUCGAAGAAGUUGUUUCAAUUCUUAACUCUGUGAAAAGAUACAUGAAAUUCAAUAUAUUUGAUGGCAUUACAGAUUUUUUAAAACAGAAUGAGAAAGUUAUAAACGAUUCUACGAACGAAAGAGAAAUAAUUCAAGAUAAAUCCAAAGCUUUUCAAAAAGAAAAUGAAAAUGCAACCAAAGAUACUACUGUCAAUGUAACUAAUGAAAAUUACAAUCAUUCACGCGAUAUUUUAACUAAAAUCACAGAACUUAAGAAAUCUAGUGAUUUUGAAACAGUUUACAAAUUCCUUGAUGAACUUUCUUCGACAGGAAACCACGAAAUGAUUUCAAAAUCAGUCGAAGAAGGACUUUGGAAAAAGAUUGCUCCUAAAAAAGAUAAAUAUGAUUCUCGUAAGAGAAAUGUUCUUCAUUUUGCAAGUGAAAAAGGAAAUCUCAGACUUGUUCAAUCACUCAUCGAAUGUGGUUGUGACAAAGAAUCAAAGGAUAAUGAUGGAUGUACUCCACUCAUUUGGGCAACAGAAAAUGGUCAUCUUGAAGUUGUUAAAUAUCUUAUCUCUGUUGGAGCUGAUAAAGAUGCAAAGAAUAAAUAUGGAUCUACUCCACUCAUUUGGGCAUCAUCUAAUGGUCAUCUUGAAGUUGUUAAAUAUCUUAUCUCUGUUGGAGCUGAUAAAGAUGCAAAGAAUAGUCUUGGAUGGACUCCACUCAUUUUAGCAUCAUCUAAUGGUCAUCUUGAAGUUGUUAAAUAUCUUAUCUCAGCUGGAGCUGAUAAAGAAGCAAAGAAUAGUCUUGGAUGUACUCCACUCAUUGAAGCAUCAGAAGAAGGUCAUCUUGAAGUUGUUAAAUAUCUUAUCUCAGCUGGAGCUGAUAAAGAAGCAAAGGUUAAUAAUGGAUCUACUCCACUCAUUUAUGCAUCAAUUAAAGGUCAUCUUGAAGUUGUUAAAUAUCUUAUCUCUGUUGGAGCUGAUAAAGAUGCAAAGAAUAAAUAUGGAUCUACUCCACUCAUUUAUGCAUCAAUUAAAGGUCAUCUUGAAGUUGUUAAAUAUCUUAUCUCUGUUGGAGCUGAUAAAGAAGCAAAGGAUAAUGAUGGAAAGACUGCUCUUGAUGUCGCAAAAAGUUCUGUGAAAAAAUACUUUUUGGAAGACAAAACCAAAUAG